AUGUCUCUGAGAGUUGACUAUGCCUGCGAAGUCAUCAAAUACUACAAAGACCCAAAGUCGGGCAUAGCUUUCAAGGUCGGCACUCAGGGCAAGAUCAUUCUACUACAGGAAGGCAAACGCCCAUGGGCUCGAGUGGGCAUCCCAGGAGUGAAGGAUCCUGUGCACAUACCAAAAGAGUGUCUCAAAGGUGGAUCGGUCCCAUGGAACACGGAGUGGACAACCAACAUGGACACCCUCGCCCCUACUGUUCCUACGCCUAUGCCCAACCAAGACUCGGAUUCCGGUUUGCUUUCUCGGUCUAUCGACGCCUUCCUAAGGGCACUUGCUAAGUGUGAAGCGCCUUUCAUGACGGACGUUAUAAAAGAAACCCUUGGUGGUGAAGCUGGGACCGAAAUCGCGGGCAUCACUAGCAUCAUGAACUCGGGUGUUCACAAGGCUGGGCUGCUUGAGGUGCUCAACAGGCAUGACUUCUCAUUCCAAGCAAUGUUGGACAAUGCUGCUCACACCAUUGAUGACAACUACCCCAAAGGAUCAGGUGGAAUAUACUUUCGACGGUACCGGGAUCACGAAGGAGAACAUCACGCGUAUGUUGGUAAAGCCCAGGAUUUCUACGAGCAAUACCAAAAGUACAAAGAUAAACCAACUGGCGGAUACCAUGACAGCCUCAGGAGCCACCCAGGAACCACGGACUCUGUGCAUGUUCUCUGCUUUCUCGCUGGCGAUAAUGCAUCACCGCCCUUCUUCGUAUGCGAGCAGGUAUUCAUUUGUCUAUUGGAAACAUACCGACCUGGAAUCCUUGAUGGCAACACCUCUACACUAUCUGAUAGACCUGAUGCUGAGGCGGAUGUUGAGUGCGCUUCCCACUUGCGGCAGGUUUACCUUGCAGCCGCGACUGUCAGCAAUUGGCCUGGUGGGACUUCUCGACCUACUUUCGGAUGCAAGUUCGGGGUGGAAGGGGAAGGUGUUAUACCGGUCGCCAACUUCCGCCGAACCACCCCCAAAACUCUUCAUGAUGUCGAUAAGACUAAGGAAGGCUUCCGAAUAUCGGUAUACGAAGUACAAGUGCAUUGGACACAAAUGGAAGAAACUUUCAACAGCUUCCGCUUUCGCCCUUUAGUCAACCAGGUCGAUGGUAUAGACGCCCCUCGAAAGAACGACACUUUUCAACUAGUGUUUGAGGUUCGAUUGGACGGUAAACCUCAUUCACGAUCCUGGGCCCGGUUGCCACACAUUGGGCCCUUCACGAACUGGAACAUCGCAAACAGCUGGGCUUUACGAAUCGAAUGGCGAGAUCCACAGGGGUCUUGGAGGUCUCGUUACUGUCAAUCCGACACCCCACAACGAAUCCCAGACAGCAGCCGUGGAAUGAUAGACACCUAUGCGAACGGUGUGGGCAUCAUGCAUUUCCUAUUCGGAGUACCCCUUGGGCCUCGUGCCUUCAUCACCAAUCUAGGAUUCGCCCGAGUCAAACAAGUCGACUAUAACCAUCUGCUCAAGAUCAUGAGCUAUCGGGACCAAAAUGCCUACCCCAACGACCUAGGAUCGUAUCGUAUACCCGACAACAUUAUCAUGCAGGAAAUGAGAAAGCCUCAGUAUAAGUUGCAGGGUGUCAACAUUGCAUUUGGGUCAAAGUCGGCGGCUAGAAACAGAAAGACGUGCGAUACAUGUCAACUGGCCCUUGCUGGAGCAGGGACGGACAAGUGCGUGCAAAAGUCAGGCACUGGCUACAAUGUCUGUACCAAUUGCUAUGAUCUCUAUGGCCGACCCUGUUGCUCGUGGACUCCCAGCAAGACCACCGCUGUUGCGCAAGCUCUGGUAACCCAGCCACAAGCAAAAGGAGCAAGUAAGGCUCCAGAUUCCCAGUUACAACCACUCCACGGUUGAAGGAGCACGUGAGGAGUGAGUGGUAGUCAACUGAAGUCCUCCAUGAUCACUUCUCACAUAGAUAGAUUAGCAAACAUUCAUGAUUCUAAUUACAACAUAUAUAAAAUGUAGCAAACAAGGACAGAAUGACUAUAUUUAACCUUCAAUAACACGUGUGUAAGCAGUACGUGAGAUAUCCGCUCUCAUGAGGUAGUAAUUAUGUAGGUGUAGCAGAUGAUGUGUGUCGCGUGGGACGACCGAAUACCAUGUACAGAGGCACGAGGAUAGACACGUUGGGCUGACUACCUGCUACCCCCGAGUAUCACAUAUACUUUGACCUCAAC